AUGGCAUGGCCCUUUAAUCCGGCAGAAACUAAGAAACUGAGGGAAACGAUCGCCGAGGAUCGAAAUUUUUCCGGAUUGGGCGAUUCGGAGCCUGGAAGCGGCGGCUGGGAUUCCGUCCAAGAUGCUGUCCGGCGAGCGCUGGAAGAGUAUGGCUGCUUCUUGGCUCUGUACGACAAGGUCACCGAGGAGCUUCAUGACGAGGUCUUCCAUCAGAUGGAGGAGAUGUUCGGUCUUCCGGCCGAGACUAAGCGCCGGUUCGUCGACCCGACGAGGCCGUACGAUGGCUACCUUGCUAACCUCCCUCCUAACCCGGAGACCAUGGGGAUGCGCGAGGCCCUGAACUCCGGCGCGAUCGAACGCAUGGCCGGUCUCCUGUGGCCAGAGGGAAACGCCAAAUUCUGCGAGCUGCUGAACACGUACGUGAGGAGGCUGUCCGAGUUAGACUACACGAUCCAGAAGAUGGUGUUCCGAAGCUUUGGCGUUGAGCGCUAUCUCGACUCGCACACCGCGUCGACGGUAUAUUCCCUUCGCCUCCUGAGGUACGGAGCGCCGGAGGUGGAGGAGGUUCGGCCCGGUGGCAUAAUUCAUUACGACCCGAACUCCGUGACCAUGCUGCAGCAGAAUCACGUGAACGGAUUGGAAGUGGAGACGAAGCAUGGAGACUGGAUUAAAGUCGCGCCUUCGGCUUCCUCUACUAUCGUCAUGCUUGGAGAGUCAUUCCAUGGAUGGAGCAACGGAAGAUUAUACUGUCCUCGACACCGUGUGAUGAUGCGCGGGCACGAGGCCAGGCUCUCCAUCGGGAUCUUCUCCGGCGUCAAAGGAACCGUUCGGUGCCCCGACGAGCUUGUGGACGAGCAACACCCUUUGCUUUUCAAGCCCUUCGAGCCUGAGGACCUCGUCCGCAUCUUCGCCACGCCGGAGGGAUGGAACGGAGCUUCGGCCUCAAAACCUUUUAUAGCGUUUCUAAUUGAACGUGAUCUUUCUUCAGAUAUUAUAAAGCUCCGGGCACAAUUCCCUGAUUAUCCAAUUAAGAGCAUAAGGAUGGAUAAUGCUGGUGAAUUUACAUCAAAGAGUUUUGAUACAUAUUGUGCUUCACUGGAAUUGAGGUUUGCAGAUUGUCAUUUCGAUGAGACUAGGUUUCCAUCAAUUGGGAUACCUACAAUUUCCAUGACUGCAAAACAAAAACCAGUUAAGGCUAUGGCCAAUAGACUUCCUGACGCAUUUAAUGAUGCUACUAAGGUAACGAAGUCUCAUAUUCCAGCUGCAAAUGCUCCAGCUAGGAUAGCUGUUCCUGAAGAACAGGCUAAAAUGGAUCAAAAUGCACUUGAAGCGUGGCAGACCGAUAGGAUCAAAAGAUACUGCUCCUCGAAAACGAAGGGGAAAGAAUCAGGAAUCCGCUCCAGAAGAGCUUGGCGUUGUGCUUGCUCCGAAAGAGCUUAUUGCCCUUGA